AUGCGCGUCGGCUUCCUGGGCUUGGGCUCCAUGGGCACGCCCAUGGCCCUCAACCUCGCCCAACACUUCCCCAUCACCGUCUGGAACCGCACCGCCUCCAAGUGCGACCCCUUCCGUUCCAUCCCCGGCGCCGCCGUCGCCGACUCGCCCGCCGCCGUCGCCCGCCAAUCCGACGUCGUCUUUGCCAUGCUCUACGACGACUCCGCCUGCCGCACCAUCCUCUCCGACCCGGCCCUCACCGCCGCCCUCCGCGGCAAGACCCUCAUCAACACCAGCUCCGUCUCCGUCGCCUGCAACCAGCUCCUCGCCGCGCACCUCCACCCCGCCGGCUGCCGCUUCCUGGAGAUGCCCGUCAGCGGCAGCCGCGUCCCCGCGGAGCAGGGCAAGCUGGUCGGCAUGCUCGCGGGCGGGAGCAAGGAGGACGCGGAGAGGCUGGCGCCGCUGCUGGGGCGCGUGACCGCGGCGGCGGUGCAUUGCGGCGAGGAGGUGGGCGCCGGGUUGAGGAUGAAGUUUGCGACGAACCUGUUCCUGAUCACGAUGACGGCGGGGCUGGCGGAGGCGAUGCACCUGGCGCGCGCGCAGGGGCUGGACGUCGAGGCGUUCGCGCGGGUGCUGGACGCGGGGCCGAUGGCCUCGGCGUACUCGCGGCUCAAGGUGGCCAAGAUGGUCGCCGAGGAUUGGGCGCCGCAGGCGGCGAUCGCGGACUGCUACAACGUCACGGAGCUGGUGCAGGGCGCGGCGGCGGAGGCCGGCGCGGAGACGCCGCUGAUGACGGUCUGCAACGGCUUGUACAGGGAGGCUGUAAGCCGUGGGUUUGGUGGUGACGACAUGAUUGCCAUCCACAAGGUCAUGACGCCGCCGGAGAGGGACGGAGAAGACAAUAAUGAUAAAAAAAAUUAA